GGAGCUGUUUUCCUAGGGGCUUUCUCAACAUCUUCGACAACAACCACGACGAGGUUUGCGUGAACAUUUCCUCGCUUUGUGCUGUAUAUGCGAGCUCUCUUUCUGAGAUCUAUGACUACCAUGUCUAAAACCUCGAAAGUUCCGAUCUCAGGCUUACCGCUACCGCCUUCUUCUCAGAUAAUCACCAACAAUCUUACUCCGGACCCAAACACACCAAGUGCUGCAGGUUUUAUAAAGGAGGUGUUGUUGGACAAGCCCAGCAUUCAGCGUCGUGCCCGCCUUCUUCCCUCUCAGGCUCAUUUUGCAUAUGUUUCCCCACUUCCUUUGCCAUUUCCCUACGAAAUCACUGCACCAGACCCACCUGAAGUCGUAGAAGACAAGGCUGCUUACAUAGAGAAAUGGCUCAGUGACCGCGAAGCCGUGAUAUCUCAGUCUAUACCUGCCGAUACUCAGACUACACCAGUCCUGCAAAAAUACCAUGCGAAGUCUAGGGAUGACAAGAGGGAGCUCAUUGGCUUGUCAGAGACGUGCUUAAGGGAUUGUAUCCCUCACUUGGACGUUGGCGAUGCAUUUGCAACCCUGGGCUCGCCCGCUUUGGCUCCCGAGGAUGAAGAAGGAGUGGACUCAGUGCCUGUGGAAGGACCCGGUGCUAUCCGCCAGGAACUCAUCGACGUCUUGAGUGGGCACAGUGUGCUCAUGUCUGCUGAUUCGAAUGCAAACAAUGAAAGUCCCGGAUUUGCACCCUGGUCUGUUAGAUACAGUGGGCAUCAAUUUGGUUCAUGGGCCGGUCAACUUGGCGAUGGCAGAGCAAUUUCAGUCUUGGUAACCCCUCACCCAACCUCUCCUGACCUGACGUACGAACUCCAACUGAAAGGCGCUGGUCGUACUCCCUUCUCGCGCAGUGCCGACGGCCUGGCUGUGUUACGAUCUUCUAUCCGUGAAUACCUCUGUUCUGAAGCGAUGCAAGCUCUCUCGAUCCCAACAACUCGUUCCCUCAGCCUGAUUUCCCUUCCAGACUUGCCUGUGAUUCGCGAGCGUGUCGAAACAGCUUGUGUUUUCACUCGUGUUGCGGAAAGCUUUUUACGGAUAGGCAACUUUGAAGCACUUUCUCCUCCUUCUAAUAUGUUUUUCCUUGGAGGAGGACAGCAAAGUGCUGACUAUGAUGCUCUCAGGCAGCUGGGAGAAUGGGUUGGAAGAAAGGUAUUGAAACUAGAGAAUGUGGAUUGGGAUAAGGGCAAGUCCUGGGGUAAAGAGUUAGUCCUUGAUGUAGCCAAGCGAAACGCAAAGAUGGUUGCUGCAUGGCAGGCCUACGGGUUUAUGCAUGGAGUUAUGAAUACGGAUAAUAUCUCCGUCCUGGGAUUGACGAUUGAUUACGGUCCAUACGCAUUCAUGGAUGUUUUCGAUUCAUACCACAUUUGUAACCACACCGACGAAGAAGGUCGAUAUGCUUAUAAGUAUCAACCUAACAUGAUUGUCUAUGCUUGCCGUGCCCUACUUCGUGCACUUUCACCCCUUAUCGGAGCAGAAGCUAAUUUAAGAAAGGCAGUCUCUCCCGGCUGGGCACAGGACGUCUCCGACGAAAAGAUUACAGAGUGGCGCAAUGCCGGUACUGAGCUGGUCAAAGACGAGAUGGAGAAAAUUCUGGAGGAGACUUGUGCCGUCGAAUACGGGAGGUUAUUCCGAAAACGUCUUGCCCUCCGUCGGCAGGACAAAACGGACCAAAGCCAGAUAUUCCAACCUUUCUUAGACAUCAUGGAAACGCAUAAGCUCGACUUUCACUCUACCUUCCGCAAACUGUGCUUCUUCCGUCCGUCUAUGCUGUCUUCUGACAGCACGUCAAACAAGUCCCAACAUCUGGAUAAGUUCAUCUCAAGCCUAUUCAGCUGUAGCCCCGAUCAGCAGAGGCUGGACCAUACUAAAGCUACGGAGGACUGGCUGGCAUGGUUAGAGAAGUACUCAAAGCGUAUUGAAAGCGAGCGUAGCGAAUGGUCAUCAGACAUGGACACGGAAAGAGAGGCAGCUGCGAAAGGCGCAAACCCACGUUUCAUACUUAGACAGUGGGUGUUAGAAGAAGUUAUUAAGAAGGUAGAAGGAGACCACGAGAGUGGAAAGAGGAUAUUGGCAAAGGUCAUGCAGAUGGCUUGUAAUCCAUUUGAGCCUUGGGGUGCUGAAGAUGAAGAAACUCCAAUCACCGAACUUGAAGCUGAAAUUAAAGAGGAGCGACGCUUUUGUGGAUUGGGAGAGAAGAAAAUGUUGGGCUUCCAGUGUAGCUGCUCCAGUUGAAGUAAUAAGUAAACAUUAGAACGUUAGGUUUAUGAUCAUGCAGCUCUGUAUAUUGCCUUGCGAAAUGGUUCGCCAUGUUUUUAGACAACUUGUAUCCGUAAAAUUGCAAUAUCCUCUCCUAUGAAACUCGG